AUGGAGAUUACGCGUGCUACUUUAGGAAUUGCAGUUGGAAUAGCUGGGACCUUGUUCCUCGGCUAUUGUGUGUACUUUGACCAACAACGUCGCAAGGACCCACUAUUCAAAAAAAAGCUGAGAGAACGCAGACAGAAUGCUCAACAGAAUGCGUCUCGUACGCACAUAAUGGGUGGAGCCCUUCCUGACAUGAGUGACCAUGAAGCUAUGCAGCGGUUCUUCUUGCAACAGAUUCAACUUGGAGAAGAACUCCUAGCAGCAGGCGACUUAGAAGCAGGUGUAGAGCACCUUUGCCAGGCCGUCGCUGUCUGCGGUCAGACACAACAGUUGCUCAGUAUUCUUCAGCAAACAAUGCCAGCUCCCAUCUUCCACUUGCUGUUGAAGAAACUGCCCGUGGUAUCUGAGAGACUGCGAACCAACAUGAAGGCUAGCGGAAAGGUGCUCCAAGAGGAGGAUGUCGAAUAA